CGGCGGGCGCGACUCGCGGCCGCCGGUACUCGUUCACACCAGUCCACAGCCGACUGCCGCGGCGAACGCACGCGGGCACUCUCACCACACGCCUCCGAUGUUAGAUUACGAUUGCGACAUCGCGACGCGCCUCGGACUUUUGCCGUGACAGUGAAAUUAAAUUUAUCGAAUAUGGGUUAAACGGCCCAUCGGACGUGAUGAGUCCGGGCGAGCGCGCCGCCCUAGGGCGCCGCGAAGCCGCUCGCCCUCAGUAUGCCAACACAGCACCGGGUUUCCCGCCGCCUUACUAUCCGCACUACGGAGUGCCGCAUCCUAACGCCUGGCUCGGUGCCCCGCUGAUAUCCAUGGCGGGACGUGCACCGCCGCAGCCACGGAACAACCCUGUGUCUAAGCUGGCUAUGCACGCGCAAGGUGUUCCGCUAAUCAUUCAAAACAGACAGGACCGGCGAAAAUACAACGCACCGGAACAGCGCAACCACCGUCCAUCGGCGCACAGUGAAACGCUCACGAGAGGGGAACGGUGCGAGCCAGCUGAGGGUAACCGGCCGCGCAACCAGCAGCAGCCGACGCGCACCGCCCGAGGCGGCCGCAACAACAACACGGAUGCGGUCAGCGUCGCGAGCGAUGAAAGUUCCGGCUCGACGAACUCCGAGACCAUGUUACCCAGGAUAAUCAAACCGCGAAAACGACGUAAAAAGGAUAGAAAACCUAACAACAUCGUACCGCACGAUUUAACAGCUGCUACUUUAGAACUCGGCGACGUCGAUCAUUGUGCGGUUUCGAGUCUCGGUGCUCCGCAUGGUGUUUACGAUGAUUCUUAUUGUCGGGAGAUGUCUUUACCGUAUCGUUUAGAUGUGAAAGUAUUCGAAUACCCCGAACCGGUCCCGGAAACAUAUCGAGUGGCGGCUUUAGGAGAAGCGUUGGAAGCCAGUCGUUUCGGUUUGGGUGAGGCCACCUCACCUACGGAAUCUGCAGUCAGCUCGUGUCAGUGUCGACUUUGUGACCCUGUAGGACAGAUUUGGGAUACCGAAUCUAUCGCGGAUUUGCUUGCUGAAAACUCUAGUAGUGAUUUCGCUCCGACCAAAUUGGAAGAUUCUAUGAAAGUGGUCGGUCCCCUGGGUAGACGAGGAGCUGACACGACUUUGCGACGCAGCUGGAGUGAUCCCUCGUCGCGGGUCCCAGAGCGGCGCGAGGCUAACAAUAAUGAUUCGUAUUCUGCACCUAAUCUAUAUUCGCUAUUCCCACCAACGAGACGAGCUAGUUCACCCGAACCUCGGUCUCCACUUGCUUUGGAAAUAUCUUCAGAGAUCGUCACUUCGAUGAACGGUCACCGCGACCUGGAAAUCAAAUUGUUCUCGACCUCGCCGCCGGCUACGAACUCCGACCGACGCUCCUUCUUCGCCGACAAAAGUGAAAGUGCUGUGAACAGAUGUACGAUCGCGAGCUACGAUAUCAAAGUGAACAGUGCAGUGAUCAGUAGCGGAGUCGAAUCUAGUGUUAAUGCCCAUGGCAAAAAGAGUGAAGACGUGUCGAAUGUGGGAUGCCCGUCGGUGUUCUCGGGCGGCACGCCCUCGCGCAAUAUUUGUGAUUUAGCCUUAGUUUCUGCCUGAAGUACUCGCGGUGGAGUGGUAUGUCGGUCCCUUCGGGCAUUCCACUGGCUCUCCGCUCACCAUUUGAGCUGGACUCAAAUAGUCACAGCGAGGCACGCACGGAGCGUCUCAACGCGACCCUUUAAAAUUGAGAUCUCCGAAUCGGUUUCCUUUAGAUUCUAUAAUUAAUUUAUUGCUAACAGUAGCUUAGGAAACUUAUGUGGAACUUUAUCUGGUAAUACGUAGAUGUAUGUUAUGAGUCGCCGUUUUUCAUCGUUAAAAAUUUAUACGUUGAUUUAGCACAGCAUAGUAAAUUACAGUGUUACAUUCAUACUUAGAUUUUAUAGCGUCUUUAUUGCUUCUAAGUUGCUUUGUGAAGUUCAAACGCAUCCGUAAUAAAUUCAUCGUAAAGGCGAAUACAAAAGAAGUGACAGUCGCGAUUGUAGUUAUAAAUUAAUUGAAAUCGCAAGACGAAUGGAUGCAACGUUGUGCAAAGCCUCAAUAACUGGCGAUGCGCAAUUAGCGUUUCACACUACUGACACGGUUCUCGUGGCUGCGUCGGGCGCGGAGGCGCGGCGGUGCGCUCGCUAUUGCGGUUUCCCGCGGUUUUCACCGCGCACGCCGUUCCGGGUGGCGCCUCGUGCGCGCGCGCUCGCACCGGUUCAUAGCGCUAAUGACUUUUUUCAUUCCAUCUCUUAGCUCUCUCCGUCCAUUAUGUUUUAAAACACCAUUUACCGACGUAGAGGUAAAUCAGGUGCCGCUAUUAAUAUUCUUAUCGAUGUUUUUACUUUAACCUUUUAAAACACACGCAUUUGUCACGUUUGAAUUAUCAGCUUCCAUUUCAUCACGGAGUUUAUUUAAAAUCAUCAAUCGACACGUUUUCAUUGGGUAGUACUUCAUCGCUAACCGUCGCCUUUCACUGCACGUUUGUCGUUCGUAUUUAUUUUAUCAUCAUCAUUUUCUUUCGGAUCGUAUUAAGCAUCAUCGUCAUCAUCCACCACAGUCAUUAUCGAUAUCAUUAUCCGCGCGCCAUAUCAUGGAAGAUAACUUGAUUCAUUACUGCAAUCGCAAAUCUCCACACGUCAAUGUAUUGUUGGUAUUUAUUAUUUGUUUGCACUUACCCGGUCGAAGUAAAUAAUUAUUUUGAGCAGCGGGCUCAUUUGGAAUGGCGAUGACACAGAUGGUGGAUCGUUGAUUCAUUUGUGCGAUUAAAUUUUUUCCGCGCCAUCAACCCUGGUCCUGUUAUGUUUGUUUGUCGAACAAGCCCGAAGACAACGAAAGCCGUUAGUUUGUUUUAAAUAUCAAACGGUCCGAUGUUCAGUUGCGAUACAGUUAAGUCACGGUUUAGUUAUAUAAUUACGUUAAUCUAGAAUGCACCAUUCAUUAUCAUAUUAUAAUUGGCCGAGUCAGUAAACGUACAGCAGUUGUGUUAUUUAGACGCAAAAUGUUCUGUAACAUUAUUUACACCUACGUUUUGGCAUUUUUCUAAUACCAAUGUUGUUUCGCUUUAUUUGCAAGUUGUAUCAAGGCUUCCAGUUUGUCAACUGUAAAUGUGUUUUUAUGUUUUGGCUAACCAAAGUUUAUGAAAUUCGUUUCUUAAGAAAAUAACGUUCUAACUUUAUGCCCGCUUCAUUUCUAAAUUGUUGCCGUCUGUAGGAAAAUUUUAUGGUUUCAAUAAAUUAUUCUGUAUCAGUGCUGUGUUAAAGUGUAUCGUAAAAUCCGUUGAUAAACGGCGAAUUAUUAUUUUUUAUUAUUCUUGUCUCCGGAUGCUUUCUGUUUGUGUCUUAGUUUAAGUGAGGGUCCAAGGGCGCGUUGCACCAGAUAAAGUUCCGUAAUGUAGAUAAUGUGAAUAUAACUAAGUUAUUGAACGACUGUACAGCUGGUCGCAGUCUCUAUCGUUGGGUUUUACACUCCACGGGUUGUUUCUAUGGUUUAUAUUUUUUUGUUUACGUUGUGUUUACAUGUAUUCUUGGGCGCGUGCGUGGGUCGACAUGAUAAAUUGGUUCUUGCUUCACUUUUUUCUUCACGACAGGCACUGCGCGGACGGGCACCUCUCACUAGCUCUUAUCUAGUGAUAUUCAUUUUAAUGUGUAUCUCUCGGUCCGUCCGAGAUUUGGUUAUUUAUCGAUGUCCCACUGUGUUUUAACAGAUGACAUUUGGAGUUGGGCCUCCUUAUUUAUGUAGACUUUUUAUCUAAAAGGAAGGGGGCAAUAGCUUCUUUAUUACGUCGAUAAAUUCUACUAAUGUUAUGUCGUUUGGCGAUAAGAUAUCGAGAGUGUACGUCGCCAACGCGAUAGAAAUUAAGUUUCGAAAUAUUCCAUUAAAUUAUGUUUUUAAAGGGGAAUGAAUGUGAGCCCGUAGCGCUGUGCCUGCGUUUGUGGCGGGAUUUAUACGGGGCGUGGCGCCGAACGUGCUUGUAAAACUCAACGAUACCACUCUAAUAUAAACAAAAUAGGCUAUGUCUAACUACUGAGUGAUUGCAUUUUAUACAUAAAAACUUAGUGUUAAAUGUUUGUUUGUGCAUGUCGUGAGGCAGGAGGUACACGCCCGCACACUAUUUUUGUACAAUAAAUACCAUGUCCUGAUAUGAA